GCAGGCGCCGGGCUCCCGGAGGACUGGCCCUACUCGGUCCGCAUCGCCAGGGAGCCGGAGCAUCGGAAGCAGCCAGACCACAGGUUUUCUGUGCGACUGCCAAAUGCCUGUGUAGUCUGAAGCCAGGAGGACGCUGGGUGCAGCGAUCAAACCGCUGAACAGCCCCUGGGUUUCCGUCUGUGGCCCAACAUUCGAAAGCGGAGUGAUGAGGAGUGUUCUCUGUGGAUGAGAAACCUUGCACCGCCAUGGAUGCCGGGAUCCCCUACCGAAUCUAUGACCCAGGCGGGACGGGCGCUGGGCUGAUGAAGGGCGUCAGCUCCGAGCCCCCGCCACCCUCGCCCACCUCCUACGAGCAGCUGGUCGCCGAGAACAACGUCCUGAAGGAGAGAAUGAAAGGCUUGAAGAGCUUGGGCAACCUCCUGGAGGAGUCCCAGUCCGAAGCCACAAAGCUGAAGCAGAAGGUGGAGGAGCUGGUCCGUCAGGAGGUCCUGAGGUCCACCAUCACCCUGUUGCCCCAGGAGGCGCAGAGUCCGGCGGCCUCCAGUGGUGCAGAAGGUUCUGCACAGGCGUGCCCGCAGCUGCCGUCUUGUGGAUCGGACCAGUCUGGGAAGCCAGCGGAGGCCAAGGCAGAAGAGAAGCCUGCGUCCAGUGGCUCGUCUUCCGAGUUUGAGGUGGUGAACUCCAUCGACAAGAACGAAACACCGGCGGAGGCUCACCAGGAUGUGCUGCAGCAGUUGGCAAAUGAGGACGGAAAUCUGUCGGUUCACCUGCAACGGCUCGAGAGCUCUCUGAGCAUGUUCGCUGAGGAGACCAACAAGAAGCACCUGCUGGCCCACCUGGGCCGAAUGGCUGUUGAGUUCAAUCGACUGUCGUCCAAAGUGCAGAAGAAUGAGUACAAGACUGCCAUCCUGCAGACCCUGUGCAAGCAACUGCAGACGGAGAACGAAGACCUCCGCAGGAAACUGGACCGCGACCUCGAUCUCAAGAACCAGAUGUUGGCCAAGAUGAAAUGUGAAAACUUGAAGCUGAAGGAAAUGAUAGUGGAAAAGAAGGAGAUGCAGCAAGGUGCCAGAUACGAGGUCUCCAGGCCAGGCCCCGCGGAGCUGUUGGUGCAGGGAGCAGAGUCCCAACAGAGCGUAAAAGUAGGAGAGCACCAGCAACAACGUCCUGACAAAAAUUCGGUGGAGAUUUUGGAAAAGAAAGUGGCAGCGUUGGAAGUGCAGAGGAAAGAGCUACUGGAUGUCAACAAGCAGUGGGAUCAGCAGUUCCGAGGGAUGAAGCAUCAGUAUGAGCAGAAGAUCGUGAACCUCAGGCAGCGCCUGGCCUUGGCGCAGAAGGAGCUGACCGAGCGGGAGACUGCCUGUGACGAGAAGCAGCGAGACUUUGACAGGAAGCUGCUGCUGGCUAAAUCCAAGCUCGACAAUGGAGAGACUGAAAAGGAAAGAUUUUUAACGGAGAUUAAAGGCCUGAAACAGGAGAACCAGUGUCUGAGGGAUCAGCUGUUGCCCCUGACCAAACAGCGGGAGUGUCAGGAGAAGGAAAUCCAGCGUCUCAACAAGGCUUUGGAGGAGGCACUCUCUCUGCAGUCACCAACCCCACAGGCACCCCUGUUCACCGCCGCUGGAGACUCCUGUAUGAACACCAGAAGGAACGAACUGCUGACACAGAUUGAGGUCCUCAAACAGCAGGUAAAGAUCUUCGAGGAGGAUUUCCUGAGGGAGCGGAGUGAUCGGGAGAGAAUGAGUGAGGAGAAGGAGGAGCUGAGGCAAAAGCUGGAGAAGGUGCAGACGGAGAUGAUGAUGCUCAACACUCAGCUGCGGGUUUAUCAGGAAGAUUAUCAGAAGGAGAAGUUGGAAAAAGAAACAAUUCAGAGGCUGCUGAAGAAUCAGAAACAGGGUUUGGGUGAGAGGAGGGCGUCGGACCCACCCCCUGGGGCACAGAGGAUCUACUGCCCCACCUACCAGCUGCCGUACCCGCCCCUCGCCCACCCUGGCACCGUCUACGGGCCGUAUGAUCUGCAGAUCCGCUACCCCCCCUCGGCGAUGCCUCCUGGUCACCCUCACUACCAGCCGCCGGACUACCCCUGGAAUGUGGCAUACACCCCCUCACGGAGUCAGCACACUGCGGAACCUGACCGACCAAAGUCAGACGGGAAAGAGCCAGCAUCUCCAGGACAGGGGAAGGGGCAGCACUGAGGGAGAGACCCCACCCCACCCCCCCAGCUUGCCUGCGGACCCCACCGUACCCACUGGAAUGGUUCUGAAACCUUUGCAACUUCCCUCUUGUGGAGCAGAUGAGAGUGUUUAUGGCGGGGAGACCACAGCAGCACCUUGGCAUUGUACAGACUACCGCACACUCAUUAAUGCCUGGAGAUGGGGAAGGGGAUUGUAGAGUGGGAGGGGAGGGGGGACAGGGGGAGGGAGGCUGGUAGCAGCGAUGAGCCAAAUUGGGAGGGGUGGGGUUAACUUGGCUUGUUAUGCUUGUUAGCAGCCUUGGAUUGUUAACUAAAUUGUAUGGGAAGAGUUGAAACUUGCUAUUAAUGUUUGCAGUUGAACAAACAAAAGAAACUCGUGUUAGAAAUUG